CCACUUUGGCACCGUUACGUCAAUGUUAAAAGUGAUCUGUCUUUGGUAGCCAUUGUCCUGAAUUUGCUUAUAUUUUGUGUGCGAUACAAUCACGUUUUUAACGCAACGAGUGAACGACGCACGCCCCCGUUGCAUCUGCGAAGACUUUCCACGGCUUCAGCUAUCGAACGAUACAUAAAUAAAUAUGAAUCCCGAAUACGAUUAUUUAUUUAAACUUCUGUUGAUCGGUGAUUCCGGCGUCGGCAAGUCCUGCUUACUUCUUCGGUUUGCUGAUGAUACAUACACUGAGAGCUACAUUAGUACUAUUGGGGUAGACUUUAAAAUUAGAACUAUUGACUUAGAUGGCAAAACAAUUAAACUGCAAAUUUGGGACACAGCUGGCCAAGAAAGAUUCAGGACGAUCACAUCCAGUUACUACAGGGGCGCGCACGGCAUUAUCGUAGUGUACGACUGCACGGACCAGGAUUCGUUCAACAACGUGAAGCAGUGGCUGGAGGAAAUUGAUCGCUAUGCUUGUGAUAACGUCAACAAACUGCUCGUCGGCAACAAGAGUGAUUUGACGACCAAAAAAGUCGUGGACUACACAACGGCAAAGGAGUACGCCGAGCAGUUAAAUAUUCCGUUCUUGGAGACGUCGGCAAAGAACGCCACCAACGUGGAGCAGGCCUUCAUGACGAUGGCUGCCGAGAUUAAGAACCGCGUGGGACCACCGUCUUCAGCUGCAGACCAGGCGAGCAAGGUGAAGAUCGACCAGGGCCGUCCCAUUGAAUCCACCAAGUCGGGCUGCUGCUGAAAACAACGCACUUUGCAAACGUACAUUUCCACGUCCUGUAAGGUUUACGGUGCGGUUGAAAGAAUAAUGGCACGGACUUUAAUUUUAUAUUUCAUGUAGUAGACCUUUUGAAAUACAGCAAAACAAGAAAGGACUACUACCAUUAUACCUAAUUAUUAAUAUAAUCUAACAUAAUAGUAAUCUUGUCUGUAUGUAUAAUAUUCGUUCAGAAAGAGUUUUCAUCAAUUAUUACAACUGCAUAUUAUUUUUGGAAUUCUCAACUCUUAUGUUUUUACUAUAACCACACACAUACACCUACACUGAACACGCAACACAAUCAAACAAAACAAACAAACACGGUUUUUGUAGUUGCGACAAAUCCAAAAGAUAAAAGAAUAACAACCCAGCCAGGUAUAGUUAUUUAUUCUAAAUAAAAUAUAACGAUUUGGUAAUAAGCGAAACUAGUGUCCUUAUUUAUACGGUGUUUUUGAAACAUGCAUUAGCGAGAAGGGUUGCAUUCAAUUAUAAUUUUAAUCCUUAUAUAUAUGUUUUACGAUUGUCCUUGGAUGAGUGAAUAAUGAAGAGUGCGAAAAUGUAAAUACACACCGCUUUAUAUAUUAAUAUAUUGAGUUUUCAUUGGA